AUGUGUGCUGUUCAUGCCAAAUCCUCACCGAAGACUUCUCCUCAACCGUGGCCAGCAACACAUUCUCCUUGGGAACGCAUCCACAUCGACUUUGCCGGUCCAUUCAAAGGUCUCAACUUCCUGGUUGUGGUGGAUGCCCAUUCAAGAUGGCCCGAGAUCUGCACAAUCAAAUCAGCAACAUCAUCGGCAGUCAUCGAGUUCCUGGAUGAAUUGUUCGCUCGUUUUGGGAUUCCAUCAACAAUUGUUUCCGACAAUGGCAGCCAAUUCAUUUUGAAACAAUUCGAAAAUUUCUGCGGGAGGAACGGUAUUCAACAUCUGCGGAUUUCGCCUUAUCAUCCACAAUCAAACGGUCAGGCUGAAAGGUUCGUGGAUUCCCUCAAGAGGUCUUUGCUGAAAAUCAACGACUGGCAAAACAUCCAUGAAUCACUUCAAACGUUCCUGCAAGUUUACCGAUCAACUCCAAGCCGAGUCCUGAAUGGUUCCACUCCAGCUGAGCUCAUGAUUGGCAGAAAAAUCAAAACUAUUCUGAAUCUUCUGGAUCAUGACCAAUCGAGACAUCCGAAAGCAGAUCAGGAACCACGACCACACAAACUAACAACUGGUGCUGCGGUGUAUGCCAAACUAUACCGCAACAAUUCGUCUUGGAAGUGGGUUCCUGGAAAGAUUCUUGAAGUGAUUGGCAAAGUUAACUUCAACAUCCUAUUGGAAGAGCAUCAUGGCAGGCGGAAGCUGAUACGUUCACACGUCGACCAGGUCAAGCUUCGGUAUCCGGGUGAUGCAAGUACUUCGGAGAGGCAGCCUACACCAUUGAACAUAUUGGUCGAUAUGUUUGGACUUCAAGCCCGGUCAAGCCAACCAUCUCCAACAUCAAAUGUUCCAGAACCUGAAGAAGAUGAUCCACAACCACCAGCCGGAGAAUCAACUUUGGUCGAUGUCGAUGUUAGCAUGGAAGACCAAAACGAUUCUUUUGUUUCCCUCGAAGAUGAACCAACACCUAGACGUCCCCGAAGGAACAUCAGACUGCCUGAGAGAUUAAAUUCUUACCUGGUGUCCUGGAAAUAA